AUGGCAUCUCACGACCUAGUAGAUUCCGGCAAAGAAGAUUUCGACACAAAGCGUCGUAAUGCUCUUGCUGAAAUUGAUAAUGCCAAAUUUGGCUGGUUUCAUGUACGGACAAUCGUGGUGACUGGUGUUGGAUUCUUCACCGAUGCCUACGACUUGUUCGCCGUAAACUUCGUGACGGUUAUGUUAGGCUAUGUCUAUUACUCAUCUUCUAAAAAUGCGCUACCGACGAAUCUCGAAUUGGGAAUAAAGAUAAGCGCACAAUGUGGAACAUUUAUUGGGCAAUUGCUAUUUGUCAUAAGCUCCGAAUUCGCAAACAAAAAACGCCGUGGUGCUAUGAUAGGCUCAGUAUUCGCAAUGCAAGGAUUUGGUAUUCUUGCUGCAGCAAUUAUGUCGACCAUUCUCCUCGCCGCCUACAAACCAAAUAUUAAAGAUGAUAGGAACGUCAACCAGGCCACCGAGGAUAUUGCAGUCGUUUUGGGUAGAAAGGAAAGAGCAACUACGAUUGAAGAAGAAGAUGUCGUCCGCGUCGAAGCACCGACACAAUCUUGGCAAGAUUUUAAGGCGUAUUUUGGAAAAUGGGAAAAUGGGAAGAUUCUUCUUGGUACCAGUCUAUCGUGGUUCUUGCUUGACAUUGCGUUUUACGGCAUUGGGCUUAACAAUUCGGUUAUAUUGUCGAAUAUUGGAUAUGCCAAAGAUCCUGACCCGUUCAAGACAUUAUGGAAUCUCAGUAUCGGGAAUAUCUUGAUAGCUGUUCUUGGAACUGUACCAGGAUAUUGGUUUACCGUCGCCUUGGUGGAUGUUUGGGGAAGAAAGCCCAUACAGCUUAUGGGAUUCGGAGUAUUGACAGUACUAUUCCUUGUUCUUGGAGUUGCAUACAAACAAAUUCUCAAGACAUCGACUGCACUAUUUAUCGUCAUAUUUACUCUAUGCCAGUUCUUCCAAAACUUUGGACCAAAUACUACCACGUUCAUCAUCCCAGGUGAAGUAUUCCCAACACGAUAUCGAUCAACGGGCCAUGGAAUUUCAGCUGCAUCAGGGAAACUUGGAGCUAUUAUAUCUCAAGUUGGUUUCCUUCGACUUAAAGAUAUUGGUGGCAAGGAUGCAUACGUCGACAAAGUAAUUAUCAUCUUUGCUCCAAUCAUGUUUCUCGGAGUUCUCGCCACAUUGCUGAUACCAGAAACAAAGAACCGAUCACUGGAGGAUCUAUCUAAUGAAAAACAGGUUGGGUUUAUCAGUGGCGUACACCACAAACCGACGGGUAAUACUACUAAGGAAAUUGAAGCGAAGAGUUAA